AUGUUUCUGAAGAAACUUCUUGCCAUGGCAACGAAGAAUGAAACACUGGUACACACUACAAGCACAUAUACAAUGUACGACACCACCUUCGAAAAUAAAAAUGCUACAAAGCUUGUCUUUACACAAACGCUGGAAGCCUAUUCGUUUUUGAAGAAGAUAAAGCAUGAUACAAUAAUCGGUAUUUAUAAGCUGAAUGUAGAAAAGAAAUACCUGGUGACAAGAAGAUUAUUUCCCUUUUACUCUGUGUUCAAGAAAGAAGCCAAGGAAUUCAACAAAUACAUAUCUCUCAAAAUAGCACAGGCGAUAAUGUUCCUCCAUGACCAAUGCAAUAUAGUCCACAGAAACGUUGUGGCAGACUCUCUAUUCUUCAAUGAGGAAGGAGGGAUAGUCCUUGGAGGAUUUGAGAAGAGUAGAAAAAGCAACACAUUUGAUGAAGACGGCAUAAUGUUCAGUAAUCUUGUGAGUGAAUUGGUAGGGACCAAUACGAAUCUUCUAGACUUUGUCAAAAACGGGGGAUUCUGCUCCGACAUAUUCUUUGACCUGGAAAUAGCAUUCUUUGGCUACAAAUCUUUUACCACCGAGCAGAAACUGGACUUCGUUUCCAAAAUGAGAAGGGAGAAGAAUGAGUUUGUGGAUAUUCACAAAAGGAGAAUAUCUUGGAUGGUUCUUGGAGAUAUAAGUUCGGAUGCUCCAAAGGACUUUAAGAUACUGGCUGUUGACUUCAUCCUGUGUUUCGAUGUCCCUGACAUGGAGGAGUUUUUGCCUCCCUUGUUUUCGAUACUAGAUACAGGUAUAAGGUUCUAUCUCCUCAGAAACUCUGAAAAAUACAUAGGCAAGGUUUCCUCCCUGGAUCCUGUAAUAAAAAGCCUAUCGCUUGGCAUUAAAUGUAAAGACAAGCAACUUAGAGAAGAAACAAUUGUGUUUAUUAAAGAGAACAUACCUAUGAUAUCCCAGAGGCAACAAUCUGAGAUAUUGGAGACUAUGUACGGAUAUGUAUCGGACGAACAAGGAAUACAGUCCGUUCUUAGAUUUCUCCAUGAUGUAAAACCUGUCUUCAAGAAGUCAGAUGUUGUCUAUAGAAUCCUCUGUAAAUACUUGAUUCAAUCCAAAUCAAAGGUGCAGGUCCUUUGUACAAUGGAGAUCUUUUAUGAAACUUUUGACAACUUUAAGAUGACCACGGAGCUUUUGCCUCUUCUUUGUGGGUAUCUAUCUAAUAGGCAUGCCCAACCUGCAGUGUUUUCACUCAUAGAAAAGAUCCUUGUCCAUCUCAAGGAGCAUAAGACAGAGAUAAUAGACAAAGAGUGGAGAAUCGGUAGCAUUAAGAACAUUUUCAAGCCAAAGUCUUCUCUGCAACAGGAGGUUAUAUAUGGCGAAAAGGGAGAAGCACAGCCAGCCAAGAUACAAAGUGAAUCGGACAAGGAGUGUAAAGAGCAUAAGGAUCCAAAUGAUGAAUGGGAUGAUCCAUGGUGA